AUGUCACUCGACCAUUUUCGUCCACCGGCUAAGAAGUUAAAAACGAUAGAGUCAUUUUUCAAGCCUAAAAGGGGUGAUAAAUCAAGUGAGCUGCUUCCUUCUACUGACAAUGUUGGCAUGCCUACAUCAUCACACCAUGAACAUGGUACUUCUCAGCAGCAAAAGAAGCCAUCAUAUGCUCAACCAACUAUAUCUAGUAAAGCCAAAGAAGUUGCAGUUCAAAUAAAUGGAGGUACUUAUGAGCGUGAUCCAGGUUUGCGGCGCCAAAUUUAUGAAUAUCCAGUGAAUCAAUGUGAUGAGGUACGUCGAGCUUAUUUAAAACAGGGACCUUUCAAACCUAGAUUAUCAAAAUAUCCUCCUACUUGGGAUGGAAGACAAGAUCGUUAUUUUCAAUAUAGUUGGCUGAGACAUCAUUCAUGGCUAGAGUACUCUAUCGAAAAGAACAAAGUGUAUUGCUUCCCUUGCUUUAUUUUUGAAACGGAUCCACCUAAGCGUCCUGCAUUUACAAUAGAAGGUUUCUCAGAUUUCAAGCAUAUUGGUUCUAAUAAGACGGUAUUUACAUGUUCAUUUGUUCAACAUGUUGGACAUAUCAAAUAUUCUCACAUGGUAGUUGUGGAAGCUUGUGAAAAUCUUCGGAGGCCAUCUCUCCAUAUUGAUAGAGUUUUUCGUAAACAAAGUAAGGAGCUUAUAGCAAAGAACAGGCUACGACUAAAGGUAGCAAUUGAGACAGUUAGAGUGCUUGGUCUUCAUGCAUGUCCUUUUAGAGGUAACGAUGAGUCAUUAGAGUCAAAAAAUCGUGGUAAGUUUAUUGGUUUGAUGAAAUAUGCAGCCAUAUCGAAUGACAAGAUUGCUGAAGUUGUCUUAGGAAAUGCACCUGGAAAGGCAAUGUAUACUUCACCGAAGAUUCAAAAGGAAAUUCUAUAUAUUCUCGCUAACAAGGUAAAGGAUACUAUUCAUGCAGAAAUCGGAGAUGCUAAAUUUUGUAUUCUUGUAGAUGAAGCACAAGAUUCAUCAGUUCAAGAGCAAAUGGCUAUUGUUCUGAGGUUUGUUGAUACUAAUGGUUGCAUUAGAGAGCGGUUUUUUGCAGUCAGAAGUGUUGAGGACACCACGUCAUUAACUUUAAAGAGGGAGAUUUCCGAAGCUCUUGCUUCACAUGGUCUUUUAGUUGAAAAUAUUCGGGGUCAGGGGUAUGAUGGUGCUAGUAAUAUGAGAGGAGCAUGGAAUGGGUUGCAGGCAUUAUUUCUUAGAGAUUGUCCAUAUGCUUAUUAUGUCCAUUGCUUUGCUCACAGGUUACAACUAGCAUUAGUAGAAGCAGCUAUCUGA